UCAUCUGAGAGGCCAGCAAACCAGGCAUCAAUGGACCAGUCGCUAGUGAAAAUUAAAACAUUGCUCAAGAAGCCAUCAUCCAACUUGGGAGGCACCGAAGAAGAAAGCAUGAAGGAGUCAUUUGGCACACAGACUCCAUCGCGUAAAGAGAGCACGACAAAAGACAAAAUGACGCGCUCCCAAAGACGUACUGCCACAAAGCCGCCUUUACAACAGCGUACUCGCAUUUGCGCAGAGGGUUUAAGCCAUUCCGUGGAACUAAUAUCCGAGCAGUCUUUCAUAAAAGAUUUGAACAACGAUCCCAAUACUAGCUAUUACCGUGUUCAAACACCGUACCACGAAAGCGCUGGUCAUCUAAGCUUCCUUAGCAGGCUCCCAGGGCUCAAAGACGUCUUGGACAUUAGUAGCGUAAGUGAAGAGGAUGAAAAAGCCAUCAAUGCCACUUCUAAGGUGGAAGUGCCCAGGAAGAUGGAAAAGAUAGGUAAAAAGAUAUCUGAAGUCAAUUUUAAGAGGGCGCUGCUUCAAGAUGCCUUCGACACGGAAAAGAAUCCAAAGCGGAUCGACAAAAUCAAGAUGAUGGUCGACGCGCUCAACAGAACAGAAAGUGCACUGCAGCGUAAUUUAAGCACUUUGGCACAUAAAAACGCUUCUUUUGCUGCAUUUGGUAGCAGAUCUGAGGAGGUUUUCAGUGCCACUAACCGAGACGACACAAUCAAGGAGUCGGAGCCACUCCAGAAUAGAUUCCCUUCAGAUGUAUUCCGUGACAAAAUGGACACACUUCCGACAACAGUGAACACGCUAAAAGCGGGUAACAUAUACGAAGAUACAGUCACGUCCUCGCACGAAAUAAUGCGAGUCAAAACCACUGCUCUAGGUCAGGGUCAGUUUGAGCAGGCCAUAGAGGUCGUUCCUGCAAAAGUGUAUGCCGCUACGAAUUAUCUCACUGGCCCAGUCGGAGACAGAGGGAAGGCGCCUAUUGGCAGCGGCACAUGUGAAAACCAGAAGCCAUGUGAAUCCAGCAGUGAUUCCGAUGCAUCAAGAGUCAUUAAGGACAUUCCAGAAAGGAAGACCAUGUCGGAACCAAGCUUUUCGAACUCCAAGCAGCCGAACAUGGAUGGUGAAACGGAGUCAGCGGGUAGUGCGGCAGCUCACGGACAUCCGAGUCAAAAAGCAGUAAAGACAGAUGCAAUUAAAGAAGAAUCGUCGUUCACUGACAGAGAAGCUUUCAGAAUGCCCAACGGCACAGAGACGUCAACCGAGCGGUCGUCUACGCAUAUCAAGAUCACAGACUCAGUUGUUAAUUCCGAAGGCCCGAAGGAGCAAAAUUUGGCUGCCGGGACCAACACGCGCCCACAGUGCAGUUUCAGUGGUUUCACGAGAGGAACGGCACCAAUGGCCGUCCAGGUACCUCUUUCAUCUCUGAGCCAGGUCUUAUCUCAACAGCCGCUCAAGGUAGUGAAGCGGAAGGUAGUGCUAGAGACGGUCACAAAGACAGUAACCGAAAAGAAGGAAAGUGUCAAGGCGGUUACGAACCAGAGCACAGGCAUCGAACACAAGGACUCCCACCUGGAGUCCACCACUAAGGAAGAAGUGCAGAGCAAGAGAGAAGAGGAGACCAUCGAGUCGUACGACUCAGCUGUAAAUGUAAGGCAUGGUACCGUGUCGAACCCGAUCAUAGCGUCCAUUGCUGAAGACAAGCAGGCGAGUAUUGUGAGCAGCCCAGUAUUAAGGAGCAGUCCGAAAACGGUAGACUCUCCAAAGGAAAGCGUGGCCUCACAGUCUGCGCCCGACAUCAAGGGUGUCAAGGAACAAACCUGUCAAACGCCAGAGAGAGUGAAGCGAACGAAGCAGCCGGUGGCGAUAAGAGUCCACGACGACACCUUGGCCGAGGAUGAAGAGAUCUCAUCCCGCAAGGAAGAACACGGUCACAUGGAUCUCGAACCAAAGUCGAUACUGAAGCCGCUUAAUCGGCCGGCCGCGCACGAAGCUCAAUAUGCACCACCGGAUAAGAAACACUUGGGCUUCCAAGAAGCUGAAAAAGCUGAGAGCGCACCACCACCGUCAGUACUGCCAACAGCAGGCACAAAAAAAGACGACGACGACGACGACGCAGAGGAAACAGCGCUACCACCGCCACGCUUCAAGUUCAAUCGCAAGGAUUCUAUUGCAGUCACAAAGCUUCGUAUGAUGAAGCAAGCCGAGGAAUUCUCAGAGGAAGAGGAUGAGGACAAGCAAAACUCCGAGAGUUUUUUAGCCAGUAGCGCGGCUGCCGAUGACAGGAAAGGCGAAAAGCACACCGUGUUCAAGCCACCGGUCGUGAUUGGCAUCGAGGAGCCGCAGCCGGCGAGUACUACAGACACGGCCCAAAGCGACAACGAAGAAGUUAACGCCUCGAUAUCCCAAAGCACCAUCACGACACAGCCUUUCGUCGAGUUAACGGGUGUCGAUGCGAAGGAGGGAGAAAGUAGUGUCAAUAAUAAGAGGAAGGACAACUGUGCUGAAGUGGCUCGAACGAAGCUCAGUAAUGCAACGGCUACUGGUGGACGUGAAAGGAUCAAGAGUGAGACUCGGAGUGCGUCAAAUGAAACGGAAGAUGUAGGGAAAACCUCGAAUGACACUCAGAGUAUCGAAAAAAGACAGGAGGAAGCAGAAAAAAGCUUCAAUGACACCUUUGUCAGGACAGCAGGAGGUACAGACACGUGCUCUACUGAAAGUCAGAAAAAAUCGGUACAAGCCAAAGAAAGCUUUACCGAGACCCUAAAACAUCAGAAAGCAGAUCAUGCUAAAAUGAACCUCGCAGACAAGCCUACAAAAGGAAAAGGAGCUGUCGUUUUUGGAACCCAGGAAGAGGAUCACAACAUGGGGAGAUCUGAAACGCGUACUGAGCAAUCACGUCCGACGAACCUCCUGCCCAUGGUGCUGGACCCCAAUCAAAUACACACCCAAGCAACAGUGGCAGACGAGAAGGCAAUCAUGGAGCCUUGUAUCAACAGGUCCGUGAAAGAGGUGAAGAAUGUUGAGAACUCUGUCGUUACAUCCGAAACGGAAGAAGUAUUCUACUACCCGAAAGAAAAGGUCACCAAGAAGCACAUAUCGGAGACAAAGGUUCUUACGGAGACGCGGUCUUACACAGAAAUAGUAAUCGAGCCGAACUACAGUGGAUCGUCCCUGAUGCCCGCUAUACCCGAAGAAAACGAGCCGCUGCCUAUAGCGGCUGCUUCUUCCGGAGAAAUCUUGGCUGGUGGAAGUAGCGGUAAGGACGGCAGCCUUUCAACAGAAGCAAAGGAGACCGAAGGAUUUCGGGCAGUAGCUUCUGUUUCCAAAGCUUUGUACAGAGAGAAAGAACCGGAAGACGCCGAAGGCCGUCUUGCGCUUCGGGACCAGCUUGCUCUCGAUGACAGCUGUAGCCGCGUUACUCGGAAGACUGAUUCGUACCAAACGUUGACUGACUUUGCCCCUUACGAACCAGAGCGGCUACUUUCCAUUCAGUCUACAGGCAUUCAGGAAACAACCAAGCCGCUUGACCGUGUUGGAGAUCAAACGAUGUUGGAGCUUCCCUCGAGUGAUUUUGACACAUGCAAGGGAAUUUUUGACAGGCCACAUCAUGAGCUUCGACAGCUGCGUUCGGUUAGUGGCAGCGGAACUAAAGACGACGAUGCAUUGUCCGGCCCCACAGAACUGCUUUCAACUGCAAUGGACGACAUGGCCAUUAGCGCACUGGAAACGACGAGGGACAUAGACAGCUCUAUUAGGCGUCAACCAGACGUCAGAUGCAUUCCAAUCCGCCAGCAGCCCAAGGAGGUAAUCACGACAUCAUUGUCCGAAUCGACUAGCCAAACCAAAUAUUUAGCGGCUGAAGAAACAUCUGCGCCCUACGGCACGGAAUCGGAAAAACCAUGGCGCACUUACGAUUCUGAGAAAAGCGGAGGACAUACUGAAGAAGAUGCUUUCAAAAAUUACGGACGAUUAGCUCUACCAGAGGCCAUUGCAAGUACUGUGUUGGACACACAGCCAAUAGAGGUGACCCCAAAACACCUGGAAGGCGCGCCUACCGAUGAUACCAAAGUCUCACAGGAAUUCGUUCCUCGAGAGGAAACCACGCACGCUGUUCCUAGGUACCCAGAAGAAAAACGCACUGCCACCGAGCCAACAUUACAGCCGUUGUCAAUGACGCCAAUUUUAACCUCGGAAGCACCAACGGCAUCCGCGUCUUCGAAGCUAGUCCUAUGCGAAUUGGAGUCUGUAAAGACAACGGCAAAACCAGCCGAAUCAGUUUGGGAACAGGUUAAAGAGGAGAACGUGGCAGUUCAUAGGAAAAUAUCGUUACCGGUACAGUCGCUAAGUCACAACUCAGUCGCCAUAGUCCCGGCAUUUGGGCCACUGACAACAGACGUCGGCAGUGUGCGUGCAACGGUGGAGGAAAGCACAAUCAAAGCUGUGGAAUCUUCACCCAUCACGUGUGAUGACUCCUCAGCAAAUGCUUUCGCAAGUGGCAUUUCUGGCACCUCAGUGACCACCUACGAAUCUGCUGCAGACUUACUUGGAGAAAGGAACGAUUCACUCACCAUGGAGGUGAUAUACGACGCAGACAAAACAUCGACCAUUACACAUGACACUUUUUCCAUUUCACGGCAACGAAGUGAGCUAUCUCACCGUACUGUUCAGCUCCCUCAGUUUCAAGCAAAAAGUGUUCAAGACCAAAUAGAAAGGUUUUCGCUACCCGAGAUAGCGCCGAAAUGUGAAAGAGGUGAGAUACAGCCUGUGAUUCCCGUGCACCUCUUAGAUAGACAAGACAUCCCCUAUGAAGUACCAGCCCAUGCAACAGACUAUACGUCAGUACCCGCUUCCUUUCCUGCAAAUGCUGAAGAGAAAGAUUCGUCUGAAAAAUACUUCAGUAGCGGCUCUCGCGAAUCGACAGCUGUCAUCCCUACACAAGAAAAAGAACUCAUCAUUCAGAAUUACGAAAUUUCAGAAAAAUCAAAAGAACGCGAUGACGCAGAAACAAUAGUGUCUCAAAGAAUUGGGCCUAUAAACAUUCAGCACGAAGUGUUCACGAACGCCACAGGUAGCACUGCUUCGCAAAGUGCACUUGGUACACUUGUGCCUUUCUCAGAGCGAAGGGCCUUACUGCUGGCAGAAUCUGACACUGCAACAAUAAAAGAAAUGGCUUUGGAGUUACCAGAACAGAUGCCAGAAUCGCUCACCGCGGAGCAAAGGCUUAGGGAUAGCGUCUUGAAAAAGGACACAGUUACCACUUCUGAAACAACAGAAGCACAAGAGGUUCCUUGCGUGGCAUAUGUGGAUGUUCUGCCAGUGGAAAAGACGUUCAACGGCGAGACUACAAUUACUACUUCCAUAAUAUCAGCACCAGCGAACGACUGGCAAGGUGCACUGAAGGAAAUAAGUGCUAGAGGUUCCUUUAACAAAAGCGACGCUUCGCCUAUAUUGACAUCGACUGCGGAUGAGUCACUGACCAAGGAGACUGCAGCCAAACUAAGUUCCCUAUUUGCAGCUGUGGAACAUACGUCAGCUUCGCAGAUAACUGUUGCUGCAUCGUCUACAAUAGUUCCAAAACAAGAAGCAGCAAGCACUGAAGAAGGAAAACUCCUAGAAAUAACAUAUGAGUCAUCAAUCGUUGCUAAGUCGAACCAUAUUGUUGAGAGGCCGUUGACUCCGGACAAUGAUAUAAGAGACACGGUGGAGUUGGUGGUUUCUACAGGGUCUUCUUUGGUAACACCAAAGAUAGAAUCUACCUCGACAUUUUCCAAGCCGACAGCUAGUGCUGUUGAAGGGAACAUAGAAACAAGUACUGCACCGUCAGCAUUCAUGUCUCAGCGAUCAGCCGUCGAACGUUCCAAAGGUAGUCAUGAUUGGUACUCCGUAUCGGUGUCUGAGACUGCUGCCAAUUUCACAGAAACUGAAGCAAACCUUGUCAGUUACCAAACUCCUCUAGCCAUAAGCGAAGCCGGGUCAACGCUUUCAGGCAAAGGCCGCGCACUAUCCGAGAAACAUAACGGUGAAGAAAGACAAGUGGUUACGCGAGUGCCCUUGAUGACCACGGAAGCUACAUCUCCCACUGGCGAAACUCUCGGCAGCUCUACAGAGGCCAAGCUGCCGUGUGCGAAGAGAGAGACGUCAAUAGAUUUGACGGGAACAUCAGACGUUAAUGCUCCGUCGUUCAUGUCACAAAUCACAACCACGCCACAAUCCACAGACAUAACUUGCGAGAACAAAGCACUAGUGUCCAUAAUAGAACAUUCUUCCUCCGAUGGCGUGAGGUCUGUCCAACUGACACUAAAGGCCAGCAAUCAAGCAUUGCAACAGCAUGCAGCCGAGGGCCGAAUAGUUGCUGUUCUCGAGAGCACGAAACCGAAUAAUGUCAACGCAGGUGAUACAUACGCUGUUGAAAAUAUAUCGACGUCUUUGGCAACAAGUCAGCUGCAGGAAACCUCCCCCGCAACCCAAAUAGAAACUAAGGAAAAGGCACUGAUAAAUUUCCCUGAACCAGGUGCCUUAAGCGAACUCCACGACGGCAGAAAUCUCGCACCUUCCAGCAUACCAGCCGUUCCAGACAAGGUGCCGGCAUCGAAUAUUAAAUCAAGGUGUGGCAGUGUGGUUCACAUUACAAAUGGCACUGGUUCUGUCACUGUAGCGCAGUUGCCGAACACACGUAUAAAACCAAAUAUCAGCGAUAGCGCUCGCCAAGUUCCUGAUAAAUUACUAACAUCUGUAACCUUGCAGCAUCAGGAAGCGACAUCGACCUUACAACCAAGCUUCGGAGGUGACCAAGUGUCCAAUAUCAUGACCGAGUUUCCAGAAAGAUCACUCGAGCAGAAAGAGAGUGUUGCGGCAAACACUUCUGCAUUGAUAGAUCUACGGUCACUGAAAGAGCCGGGCGCUAUAUUAAGCUUCAGCAGCGAUCAGAUUUCAAAAACAGUCAAGCCCCCAGAGCCAGACGUAGCACCAAUGCCCAUUUACCCUGCGGUCGCUACUAAUAAAAAUGCCCCAGUUGACGCUGUACGAAUGGCAGCAAUAACCACAGUUCCUUCAGUAGCCAGACAGUCGACCUCCGCAAUAGAAUGCCCGUCAAGUGCCGUGGCUAAAAUUCCAUAUACUAGAGAUAUAUUGUCGAGAAGAAGCGGUUCUCUCCGGCUGGAGGAGUUCCCACAGGAACUGUUCCUAGAAGAGGUGGUAAAGACGGGCAUCACGCGAAGGCCCAGCAGUUCUGAAAGUAUCGCUCAGCUGCCAGAACCAAGCCUAAUACCGAGAACUUGCGGGCAUCCCAGCGUCGCUAAUGAAAACAAGCCAGACGGACUCACAGAAUUGCAAAAGACUGACAGAGUAGCUGCGACAACUGGAGUGUUGACUUCCGAAAAGGACAGCACUACAAGUUCAGCAGUAGAAGUAUUGCAUGCAAGCCUCGUAGGAAGGCCCAGUGACACUAUAAUUGAAUUCCGUGACACAACAAGAGUAGUAAGAACAAGUGGUCGGCCGAGUGUUGAAAGCGUGGCAUCCAUUGCUGUAAAGACGCCAGCGGCUGCUACAGUGCCUAAAGCCAGUGGUGAACUUGUUCCCACAGAGGAUCAUAUUUCAGAUUCAGUGGUGGAGCUGCGAAGUACAGGUAUUGUACGCAGAGCUAGCGCGCUCGCACCGGACAACAAACGAGAAAUAUGUGCAAGGCUUCAGGUACUUUCCACUGCCCCGGAAUAUGGUGGUGAUGAAAGCCGCGAAACUGAGAUCACGUCGAGCAUGAUUGUUGAUUACCAAGAAAACACUAUUGUACCGAAGUCCAGCCAUGGUGAGAGCAACGAUGUGAAUGAUACCCCGACUACCAUCUCGCAGGCUCUGGCAGCUACGGCGGUGUCGAGAUCGAGCGGUGGAUUAAGGUUUUCGGGAGGGAGUAAAACGGAAGCAACACUGGAGUUACAAGAAACAAGCAUCUCACGAAAAUCCUCUGAUGCUGGUACCAGCGUAGCUGACAAGUCGUAUUCAAUUUCGCAAUGUUCAGCAGCUGCUGUAUCUCUACGUCCUUUAAGUGAAAGUGUCAGAAGAGAUAACAAGUCAACUACGUUUGUUGCAAUGCCAGAAAUGAGAGUUGUGAGGCAGCCAAACUAUCCAGCCAUAAAGUACACGGCAUCAGGAAGCUUGGGGUCAACAGAGGAUGUUUCGCAUGCUAACAUGCUAUAUACCUUGCCGAGAAGCAGCGGUCCCCUCCCGCUGGCGGACUUCCCACAAGAACGGUUCCCAGAAGAGGUGGUAGAGUCGAGCAUCGUUCGAAGGCCCAGGUGCUCUGAAAGUCUCGCACUGCUGCCAGAACCAAGCCUAAUACAGGGAACUUGUGGGCAUGCCAGCGUCGCCAAUGAAAACGAGCCAGAUGGACUCGCAGAAUUCCAAAAGACUGACAGAGUAGCUGCGACAACUGGAGAGUUGACUUACAAAAAGGACAGCACUACGAUUUCAGUAGCAGAAGUAUUAAAUGCAAGCAUCGUAAGAAGGCCCAGUGACUCUAUAAUAAAAUUCUAUGACACAGCAAGAGUAGCGAGAACAAGAGGUCGGCCGAGUGUCGAAAGCGUGGCAUCCAUUGCUGAAAAGAUACCAGUGGCUGCUACAGUGGUGAAAGCUAGUGGUGAACUUGUUCCCACAGAGGAUCAUGUUUCAGAUUCAGUGGUGGAGGUGCGAACUUCAAGUAUCGUACGAAGAGCUAGCGCGCUCGCUCCGGACAACCAACGAGCAAUAUGUGAGAGCUUGCAGGUACUUUCUGCUGCUCCGGAAUAUGGUGGUCAUGAAAGCCGCGAAACUGAGGAUACAUCGAGCAUGAUUGUGGAUUACCGCGAAAAGAAUGCUGUGCCGAAGUCAAGCGAUCGCGAGGGCAAGGAUACGAAUGAUACCCCAACUACCAUUUCGCAGUCUCGGGCAGAUGCAGCGGUGUCAAUAUCGAGUGGUGGAUUAAUGUUUUCGGAAGAGAGUAAAACAGAAGUAACCCUGGAGUUUCAAGAAACAAGCAUCACACGAAAAUCCUCUGAUGUUGGUACCAGUGUAGCUGACAAGUCGCGUUCGAUUUCGCACUCUUCAGCAGCUAUUGUAUCUCUACGUUCAUCCAGUGAAAAUGUCAAAACAGAAAACAAGUGUACUACGCUUGUUGAAAUGCAGGAAGUGACAGUUGUGAGACGGUCAAGCUUUCCUGGAAGCAUCUUGCAAUACACAUCAGGAAGCUUGGCAUCGACAGAGGAUGUUUCGCAUGCUGUAGACGCUAUCGAAGAAAUCAGCGCAGUGAGACCAUCUAGCAAACUUUACAGCACAUCAUUACCACCUGUUACCGAAGCGGAAACAGAACGAAACGCGUUGGGCGUAUUGGAAGCAAAGCCUGUACAUACAGGAUCCUCUUCAUGCGAAAUGUCGAUCAUGAAGAAAAAACAGUCUGAGCAAGGGGCACUUGUUCCCCUAGACGACAUUUUAUCUAACCAGUUGGUCGAACGAAAAUCAGAAACUCUACUAAACUGUUCUGUACAGAUAUUGGAACAUACUACUAUAACCGAAACAGAAGCUCAAGAUACAGUCAAACAACUGAACAACAGAAAUAUCGAUAGAACUGCCUCAGAAUUUUCGUCCUCGCUCUUGCCAGCACCUGCCAGCUUCCCUGCAUCACAUUCCCUUGAACAUAAAGUGUCUGAAAAUGAGACCGCGGCUCCCGACGAGCUGGUGUAUGGUGAUGCAAAAGAGCGCUCUAUUCAUGACAUAUCACAAGAAUUGGCUGUUGACGAAGUAAAGAAGAAGCUAAGGUCCCUAGUUGAUGUCUCGGCUCCACAGGACAAACUAUUAUCCAAGCAUAAUUUAAAAUCUCAUGAGCAGCAGUUUUUAAAUAGAAACGCUCAUCCACAACAGGAGUACGUUGUGGCAGAUGUUCAAGUUUACGAAACUGAACGUGCAGCCCACACAGUGUCGAAAACCAGUUGUGAAUUGAGCCUCGCCAAUGACAGCACAUCAACGACAACUGGGAAGUUAAUGGAAAGUAAUGCUACACAUAUAGGCAGUGACGCUGUGAGCGCCGAUACUGACAACCAAUCCAGCAUAAUUUCUAACCUUCAAGGAGCCAUGCUACCAAGUUCAGGGGAUGCAACAAGCCUUGCAGCUGAAAAAAUAUUAAUCGCUUCGGUAGAGACUCCAGCACUUGCGCUUAUGACUAACUCCCAGGCAAGCUCCACAGCCGAUGCCGUGGCAACCGGCAGCAAACAUGUGAGCAGAGUGGCAGCAGCAAGUGAACGGAGCCUUGUGACCGAAUCGGCGUCAAAAGCCCUAUCAAGUGGUCACUCUCUCGCUGAAGUGACACCUGCAUUAGAACAGCAGAAAGUCAUUGUUGAUCUUCCUUUGCACGCACGACAGCUAGACGUCGACAUUGCGAGGCAAACACCCGCAGUCCAUGAAAAUGUGUCUACGGCGUUUUCACUUCAGCAGACAAAUUCUUGCAAAUCUGGAACUAUAGCUGACACUACUGAGACGCUAAGCAUGCGUAGAACUGACGACAUGACUACAGCACACUCGUCUUCGCUUGUCGCUGCCGAUGUCUCCCCUUCUGCGGAUGCUACAGGAGACUUGGUUGAACUUCUCAGUCCCGAAGUCACCGAAGCUUUCGAACAGCUGCAGCAUGCUUUUGGUGUGAUUCUCGAAGACGCCAGUUAUCAGUCGCCGUCAGCUGAGGUACAGCCAAUGCAAGUCGCGCCAGAAGUUCCACUCUUCCUUGAGGUUGUUAAGAGACCAGUCGCCGCAUAUCCCAUUGAUAUAAUUCGCCAAGAACCCGCACAAAUUACUACUUCACCAUAUUCCACAGCAGGAUAUACCUUCCCUGACAUUUCAUCACGAGAUAUCGUUGAAAGAAAGACCUCGGUUCACGCUGAAUCGAUACAAACAGGCAGACCUGAAACACUUGAGGACCUAACUUCGUUGUUCGAAGCACCCAGGGCUAUAGAGCAACCCUCUUCUACAAUGUCUACUGGGGACCAGUCUGAACGGCGAAGAAUUAAUUAUAAGCCACUCAACAGGUUCCAAGAGGAAAAGACGGGAAUGUUUGCGACUUGCAGGCAGGACACUACUUCCAUCAUGCUGUCACCAGGUACCUUCGGACCGCUGGUGCCAGGUCCUCAGAAGCACGAGACACGAUCUGUUCCAGAAAGCACCUUCCCUUCUGCCUGUUCUGCGGAUGUGCAGAGUGCUGAUGGUAAGCACGGAGACACGACCCACCCGGUAAGGGACCGAACCGACCAACUGUCGUCCAGUCCUUUUGCAUCGCCAGCAGGCACGAUGAGAGGCGGUUCAUCAAUAUUCGCGGCCAGCGAGAAGCUCGCGAGCAUGUCAGAUACAGAGACUUUCAGGUCCUUUAACACAGACCGAGACGAAAACAAAGUUGUCGCUUGUUUCCAGGGGAUAGAAGCAUCGGCGCCGGAAUUGAGAACGGCGGCGCAGUUGGGCGAUGAAAGGAAUCCUCGUGGCUUUAUAGAGUGGAUGCCAGCGCCAGUGCCGAAAAAGCAAAUAAUGACCAUGAUGGAUGACAAAGAUCGAGUGAGAACAACUUCUCAGAUGCACAGUGCUGAUCAGCAACAGCCUCUCACAAAUGGUGCUUCUCAAACACUAUGUUCAAAUGCUGCGGAUCUCACAAGCGAGCCAUCUACCAGCAAGGACUCCGUGGAAUGGUCGCCGUCUUCGCUCAAACGCAAAAGCGUGAGUUACAACGCUCCUGGCAAUGAAGAAAAUCUCCAUCGGCACUCCUCGCGCAUCGGCCAUAGCACUUACUUACGGCGAGAAAGCGCAGUGUCCGAAGCGUUUGAAUUGGAGGACACCGAACCACAAAUAGCCGACGUCCGUGGUUUCAUCCAGUUAGACACGAUGUCCGCAGAUGAAACCUUCGCUGCCCACAGCGAAAGGAGAAAAUCCUCUCUAUCGCCUAUUGCAGACAUUCGUGGCUUUGUUCCUGUAAAAAAUGUAUCUGCAGAUUAUACCACGAGUGAAAGUGAGAAAAUAAGAAUGUCAUUAGCACCAAAGGCUUCCGAAGACACAUUCGGCGAAAAAUCGUCGGAGACAACUGUGGAGCCGGCUGUUGGUGAUAUCCGCUUUUAUGUGCCAGUCGCUGACGUAGAUUCUGCUGCUGAGGCACCGUCGUCCACAAAACCUCAGGAAAAGAGGACCCCAGAGGAAACGCAAAAGGAAUGUGAUGAGUUGCCAGAGCUACCGACUAUCGGCACACAUGCAGCCUACGAUUUAGGUAACCGCCCACCUCCGACGACCCGACGAGAAACGUAUGCAGCUCUGGAAUCAAGAGAACCAGAGAGAAAAGUGUCUACCUCAUUAGUGCUGAAGGCAGCCUGCGAGAAGGUUCAAGCACUGCCCGAGUUCAGAAACGAGGAUUCAGAUAAAGUAGAGCAACAGGCAUUGUCAGCUGAUGUCCCGAUCAGCGUACGUGCUUUGAUUCGGCAGAUGAAUUCACAAAAUCAGCCGCGCAUAAUUACUCCUGCUCCAAAGGAUUUGUUGAGCGCUCGUCAAAAGGAAGAAGUUUCUCAGUUAGUGGCUCCCAAAGCUAGCCAAGAGGCAUUUGCGUACAUCGAAGCGCCGCUGGUGCCUCCAGAUGCGCAAGCAGAAGCGUUGCCGGCGGAGACACCAGUAGAGACCACAGCCAUACCUGUUCCACCCCCGGAGCCUCAUUUUCCGAGCUAUGCUGUACCUCGAUUUAAACCGCUCGUAAAGGUGCCAGAAACCGGCGUUGCUGAUUCGGCAGUCUUGAAGAGUUCCGAGGAAGGAAAGCCAGGUGCAGGGCCCGGCAUGGCUAGUAAAAAAACAGAUAAUUUCCCAAUGGUCGACGAGAAGUGGAAACUGAUCGGCCUGCUCGCAUCUGAGGAGGCGAAAAAGAAUGCGGGCGGACGCAGGGGUUCCGAUGGCGCCGGCAUCACGGCGCCUUCUGGAACAGCUGGCGCAAAUGUCUCCGAAGGAAUGCGCUCUCCAUGGAAGCUAAAGCCAGCCCCCAAGAAGGGUUCAGAAGACGAAUAUUUUGACAGUCUCAAGACGAACAAGAAGGAGGCCAUUCCAUGGAGCACGAAGCCUUCCGAGAACAAAGCAAAGCAAAAGAAAGCCCGGAAAACGGAGCAAGCGUUGGCUCCGCAAGAACAAGUGCACCUCCCUAAGCCAGAAGACUACAAACAAGAAGAAAUAACAUUUAAACCUGCGACUAGCGAUCAGCAAGCGCACGAUCAGGUGGUAGAAGAGCCGAAACACACCGAGAAAAUGCAACUUGUGGCACUAGAAGAAACGCCGAAAGAAUCUUUACAGAAAGGAGCUGCACUUCAAGCGCCGUUGCUGCAGGACGCAAGAGUACCCGGUCCAUCAUUAGAACAGCAGCCAAUGUCACUGCACACAGAAGUUCGACACUCAAUGCUGAAACAGCCUUUGAUGCGAUCAAUUCUACAGGAAUCAGUUGCAAUAGCACCUAAAGUACCCUUGCAUGUUCCGCAAUCCUUGCACAAAGAGGAAGUUUCGACGAGGCAGGACCUCGAAUCUUCCGUGUCUGAUGUUAAGCCUACUGGAGAAGUAACUCAUGUCAUGCCAGCAAGGAAUGCUACAAUUGACAGCUCGGUUAGCGCUAGGGAAUUUGCAGAUGAAGACAGUCUUGAAGGUUCUGUGAAAUCUGUGAAAAGAUUGAUAAAAGCUAAAGACCGUCAGCUUAUGAUAAUGAGAUCCAGCCAGGGACAAAGUGUAGGCCCUGACGACAGCUUCAAGGUUAUUUUAAACAUUGAUACUCCGAAGUCGGAACGCAUUGUUUUCAAGCAUGAAAUACCGCCCAAUUUCGGAAGUACUUCGACGCAGUCAUGUGCUCCCAAGGUAGAGUACUUUUGGGAAGCAACACCAAAGCCCAUCCCAGGGCCGUUUGUAGAUUCUGACGAUUACGACCUCACAAAAGAAGGAAGCGGUAAGCUAUCCAGAGAAACCAGCAAUGCCGAGACUGUGGUUGCUCGUUGGAGUUACUCGCGAAAGCUGUCAAAAUCAAGAAGUGCCUGCGAGGUAGACGACAAAUCGAAUACGUCGCUAUUUUCUUUCGUAGCACCAAUACAGCGGGAACCUACGACUGUAGCAUCUGCGGAGGCUAACCAACAAAUGCACUUUUCUCAUUACGAACACUUGCCGUCAGCUUCCCUCAAAGAGAAGGCGAUGAGGACAGAAAGUCAGUCGUAUAGCGUGGUUUCCAAGGCAAAUACCGGUGUGAAGACAAUUCCUGGAAGCGGAGUGGGGUGGUCUAAUGAAGACGGCACACCGCAAGGACAAGAUCAGCCUGGUGGUCAGGAACAUGGUCAUGCAGGUAACGACAACGCGGAUGCCAGUGCAGACUGCAACGCGGACGGCGAAAUGGUCACAAAAGAAGAGUUGGAGCGCUAUAUGAAGAUAGCAAGAGACCUCAAGCUGAGACGGGGUUCACUAAUGCCACCUUCGGGGACACUGCAGUCGUCGGAACCAGUCGCCACGGGAACAAAGAAAAAGCCUAGUCUCGUGAUGGAAACAAGGAUAGAGCUGUACGGCAAAGGCCGCGUCACGUUCUCUUUCGACGCGGUGGCGGAAGAGGGAACUGUCACGGGUAGCGCGUACCAGGACGACUCGCAGGGCAGUCUCGUCCGGCGCGGUGCACCCUCGACGACUCAGACACCGAAGAGGAUGAGCAUCGACGUGCGUGCGCCACCGGCCACACCAGCACCUUCGAUGGAAGCCAUCUCGAAGCGGUCUAAGUCGGUCGAUUUCGGCUACAACAACGAUGACGAGAGCAUGCAGUACGAGCCUCAGGAGCCGCCGAACGCCGUCAGCCAGGCUGCCAGGAGGCGGCACUCCGAGCACAUCAAAGCUCAACCUGGAGAGGAGCUCAAAAAGCGGAGGCACUCGGAGCCUGGUACCUUAUCCAUAUCGAAAGAUACGGGGGAGGACACAUCUAAGGCCUUGUCUGCCACCGACUACCAGUCAGAGCCCACUGUGGCCGUCGAGGACUACCAAGCACCUCAUGCCCCAUGCGCGCCGUGCGAAGUAUUGCAAGAAGCGGAUGACAUGGCCACCGCGGCAGUAGCACUGGCUGCUUUCGAAUCUCAGAUGCGCAAGGCACCGCUUGCCAGCGAAGAAACCAUUUCGGUGCCCUCUCUUCUCACCGAAGCCCCCGCGAAAACUGCAUCUGAAAUGAGUGCAGCACCAAAAGGUCGAGCGCCCCCUGCCAGCGAAGAAACCAUUUCUGCGCUGUCUCUUCCCACCGAAGGACCCGCGAAAACUGCACCUGAACCGACUGCAGUGCCAAAACAGCCAGUGCCGCUUGACGAAACCAUUUCUACGCAGUCUCUUCCCACUGAACCACCCGCAAAAACUGCAACUAUGCUGGAUGCAGUGUCAAGACAGCAGCCUGUUGAGCUGGUGAAAAAAGCAGAAGAGAGGCCCGGCUCAGCGCUUUCCAUGAGAACCACGUCACCAGGAGUGGUGAGCGACGAAGAUCUGUCCGGCUACGCAACCUGCGAAUCGCGCAUGGGCGCCAAGUCUUCGGAGGUGCAGAGCACUGAGGACUUGCUGGCGCAAGAGCGCAAGAUUGCAGAGUAUCCUGUGAAAGGUCAGAUGGAGCCGCUACUACCACCAGCGGCAGGGUUGCUUGAGGAAGCUGAGCAAAAAUACCAUGUGGAACCGGCACCUGCUGUAGAGGUUCCAAUUCCAGCUGCGUUGGGCACUCCAGUGGGACGUGAAGAAACUAAACACGAGAUUGUAGAACUACAAGCUAUGGAAGAAAUGAAGCAGGUGUCAGAAAUUCCUGUCUUUGAGGAGCCGAAAGAAGCGGUGCAGGAGGUAACUGUAGCACUGGCUGCAGAAAAACAGGUAUUCGAUGUACCAGAAACGUUGCCUAACGACAAAGUAAAACCAGCAGUAGACGCAGCACCGAUGACUGAAGCAGCGAAGGCAAUAUUAGAAGCCCCUGCUGUAGAAAUGCUUGAACAUAAAAUAACAGAUUUGGCUGUUUUAGAAGCUAAACCAGCAAUUCGUACAGCCGCAGAAGAGGAGACCAAACAGGCACUUGAGGUUCCCACCAAGGAGGUGCUGCUUACACAGCGAGAAAGAGCAGAGAUUCCAGACAGACGAAUUUUAGAAGAACGAAUGCAGGUAGUAGAGACAGCAGGUACAGAAGAGCACAAAGCUUCCACACAGCUAAUGUCUGUCGCAGAAAUGCAACUGACAUCUGAGAUGCAAGCAGGCGGUGAAGUGAAGAUUAUCGAGUCACCGCCAGCAGUAAGCGUAGACCUAUCGCAAGCAACGGCCACUGAAGAGGCAAAAAAAAAGACAGCGGAAUCAAAGGCAAAUUUGGAAAUACCGGAACAACCAAUAUCAGAAGCGUCGGCUGCAGAAGAAAGACCAUUGUCGCAGGCACCAGUUACGGAAGAAACGGUAGCAAUUCCGUCAACAAGACAGGCUCUGGAAGCAGCAGCAGAAGAACAGAAAAUAGUAGAGCCAUCGACAGCGGAAGAAAAGAAAACGUUGUCGGAGAUAGCGGCUGCAGAGGAAACAAAAACGCUGUUGCAAGCAUCACUCGCGGAAGAACUCAACGCGGUAUCAGAAGUUUCGUUUGCAGGAGCACCAGUCACAGAAAAAGUUAAGCCAGAGAUAAAGCCGCCUGCUGCAGCUACAGUGGAACAGAUGUCAGCUCCAGACCUUAACCUUAUCAUAGAAGUAACAGAACCGGAGCGACCGGCUGCAGAGGAAGAUAAAAUGAAGCCGAUUGAAGCUCCUCACGCUGAGCGGCCACAGGCGAUGCCAGAGGAGACUAUAGCAGAAGAACGACAACUCGCGGAGACAGCGGCUGCGGAAACUGUCGCGGAAGAAACGCACGCAAUAAUGGAGGCACCAGUCCUGGAACAGCCGAAACACGCAUUAGAAGAGCUGAAACCUGCUGAGGAAGAAACAAAAGAGAUAGUAGAGGCACCAGUAGCGGCAGAAUUGAUGCAUACAUCAGAAGCAGCUGUGCUAGUUGUGGAAAAAACAACAGAGAUAACAGAGGAACGAGUCGCUGGAGAAUUGAUGCCCACAUCUGAAGCGCUCAAACCGGUUGCGGAAGAAACGAAAGAAAUAGAGGCAGCACUGGUCACCAAAGGCAUGGAAUCUGUAUCAGAAGCAACGGUGCCGGCCGUGGAAGAAACAAAAGAUACAACGGAGGAACCCGUCGCGGGUGAAUCGGAGCCCACAUCUGAAACGCUGAAACCGGCUGCGGAAGAAAAAAAGGAGUUAAAGGCAGCACCGGUCGCAAACGGCUUUGAACCUGUGUCAGAAGCCGCGGUGCCAGCUGUGGAACAAACAAGAGAGAUAACGGAGGUACCCGUAGACGAAUCCAAGUUCACAUUAGAAGCGUCCAAACUGGCUGCAGAAGAAGCAAAAGAGUUAGAAGCAGCUCAGGUCACUAGAGGCUUGGAAUCAGUGUUAGAAACAGCGGUACCGGCAGUGGAAGAAACAAAAAAACUAAUAGAGGCACCAGUUGCGGAAGGAUCGAAGUCCGCAUCAGAAGCACUGACAUCGGCUCUUGAAGAAACGAAAGCGACAGCAGAACCUGCUCCAGAUGAGCUGAAACAUUUGUCUAGCUUACCGGCUGCGCAAUCACCAGAUGUAAGACCACCAGCUGUAUUAGAGCCACGAGCCACAGAAGAAAUUAAAACAAAAGUUGCCGUAAUAUCUCAACUAGAGCGGGAAGGUGUACCAGAAGUAGCAGUGAUGGGGGAAGCCGGACGCGAACUAACAGAAGCACCUGCUACAGAGAUUAAGCCUUUGUCCGAAGCACCAAUUGCGGAGCUUCAGCAUGCAGAAGAAUCAGUGUCAGAAAAGCCAGCCGUAGAAGAAACACGACUGUUGACAGAGAUGCCAAAGCUAGAAGCAGCACAGGCACCAGAGCAACCAAUCGCUGAGCCAGAAAAGCGAGAGACUGCUGGAAAACCGGCAGCGGAAGUGGCCAGAGAUGAGCCUGGAGCAGUGGUCGAGCUAAUAGAGACACAAGUUGUCAUACCUGAUACUACUACACUAGAGCAAGCACCGCCAAAGGAUAUUGUUGAGCAUAAACCGUGGUCCGAAGAAGUGGAAAUACUAGAAGAGCAGAUACCUGCUAAGGCUACCAUCGAGUCUACUGAGAGUACGCAAGAUAUCAAGGCAAGUCAUAGAGAAUACUCUUACACCGAACCCGAAGAACAGGGACCAAGCCGUCCUUCGGGUCUAUUUUAUUCAUACCUUGGCAGAUUCCCUCCGGCAAUUUCUGUCCUAGAGGAGCCUGGCAAGAAAGUGAACAAAAGUGAACAGGAAGAGCCGCGUGCAACAGUAGAUACCACGGUGGCAACAGCAGUAAAACUGGGGCAUCCCAACGAAGUAAGUCCACUUACUACCGCAGAGGCGGCACAGAAAUCCAAACGCGAAGUUGCUCUCGAAGAGAAGCACCUAGAGCAAGCUGGGCCAAAAGACAUGCUUCAGAAAACAGAGGAAGCUGUAAAGACGCAAGAAGUAGCACACAUAACCACAAAGUCGAAGGGAAAAUUGGAAGAUACCGCACCAUCAAAAACCUCGCCGAGCCUGGAAAAAAGACUGCUGCCCAAAGUUUCACGAGAUACUUUUGUAAUGCCAGUAUGGUCACAGCUAGACAUAAGACGCCAAGAAAGCGAAAAGGUACCGAAAGAUGAGACGCAUACAUCCACUAUCGAAGCAGCUAAAGCUGAAAUUGAAGCACCAUCAGGAAGAGCGGGAAUUACCAAAACAGUAAAAAAGCUGGAAGGCGCGGCUCCAACAAAGGAACUGGAAGAACCUUCAGCAGCAGCCUCACAAAUUCUGGAAACCAGUCUUGUCCCUAAAGAAUCAAAAAAAAGUUUUGUAAUGCCAGGAGUGUCACAGCUAUAUAUAGAACGCCAAGUAAGUGAGAAGGCAUUGAAAGGCGGAGAAAAGGUUGAUGAGGUUGUUCCCACAGUUGAAACAGGAAGAGCUCAAGUGGAAGAGCCGUCAGAAAAAGCAGUAACUAAGAAACAAGAAAGAAACCUGGGAGAUGCCGCUCCAACAAAGGCCUUCCAAGAACCAGAAGGCCACGGCUCAACGUUUACAGAAACGGGAUUGCCUGAGGCAACUACGGUUGCUGCACCAACAUCUGAUUUGGCGCCUACAGAAACAUUAAAGGAGCUUGAAGAACCAGCUGAGAUGAUAAGGAAACCGGCAAGGGAAGCAACACCCGUACAAGAAGAAAAGCCCACCGAGACAGCACCGACAAAGAUAAUGGAAGAGCCAGAAGUCCAUGCUAUAAUUCCUGUGGAAACAAAGCCUACAGGAGAGAGAGAGACUGUGGCUGUUUCACCUUUGCUUGAAUCUGUGCCUAAAGAAGCAUUGAUAGAGCCAGAAGAACCAGCCGCAAUGAUAGAGAAACUGGCUGAGGAAACAAUACCCGUACAAGAAGAAAAGCUCGUAGAGACAGCACCGGCAAAGGCAACCGAAGAACUAGACGUUCAUGCUAUAAUUCCUGUGGAAACCAAGCCUACAGAAAAGAAAGAGGCGGGAGCUGUUUCACCUUUGCGUGAAUCUGCACCUAAAGAACCAUCAAUAGAGCCGGAAGAACCAGCGGCGAAUAUAGGGGAACAUGCUGAAGAAGAAAUAGCCGUUCGAGAAGAAAAGCUCGCAGACACAGCACUGACAAAGGCAACCGAAGAGCCAGAGGUUCAUGCUCUAAUUUCUGCGGAAACAAAGCCAACAGAACAGAAAGAGACUGGGGCUGUUUCACCUUUACUUGAAUCAGCCCCUAAAGAACCAUCAAUACAGCCGGAAGAACCAGCGGUGAAGGUAGAGACACUAGCUGAGGAAGCAAUACCCGUUCAAGAAGAAAAGCUCGCAGAGACAGCACCGACAAAGGCAGUGGAAGAGGCAGAAGAUUAUCAUUUAAUUCAUGCGGAAACAAAGCCUAUAGAAGAGAAAGAGAUUCGGGCUGUUUCACCUUCGCUUGAAUCUGCGCCUAAAGAACAAUUAAAAGAGCCGGAAAAACCAGCCGCAAAGAUAGAGAAACCGGCUGACGAAACAAUGCCCACACAAGAAGGUAAGCUCGCAGAGACAGUACCGACAAAGGCAACCGAAGAGCCAGAGGUUCAUGCUCUAAUUUCUGUGGAAACAAAGCCUACAGAAGAGAAAAAGACUGGGGAUGUUUCACCUUUGCGUGAUUCUGCGCCUAAAGAACAAUCAAUAGAGCCGGAAGAAUCAGUGGCGAAGAUAGAGAAACUGGCUGAGGAAGCAAUACACGUACAAGACGAAAAGCGCGCAGAGACAGCACCGACAAAGGCAAUGGAAGAGCCAGAAGUUCAUCCUUUAAUUCCUGUCGAAACAAGGCCUACAGAAGAGAAAGAGGCUGGGGCUGUUUCACCUUUGCGUGAAUCUGCGCCUAAAGAACAAUCAAUAGAGCCGGAAGAACCAGCGGCGAGGGUAGAGACACUGGCUGAGGAAACAAUACCCGUACAAGAAGAAAAUCUCGCAGAGACAGCUCCGACAAAGGAAACGGAAGAGCCAGAAGAUCAUGCUUUAAUUUCUGCGGAAACAAAGCCAACAGAACAGAAAGAGACUGGGGCUGUUUCACCUUUACUUGAAUCAGCCCCUAAAGAACCAUCAAUACAGCCGGAAGAACCAGUGGUGAAGGUAGAGACACUAGCUGAGGAAGCAAUACCCGUUCAAGAAGAAAAGCUCGCAGACACAGCACCGACAAAGGCAACCGAAGAGCCAGAGGUUCAUGCUCUAAUUUCUGCGGAAACAAAGCCAACAGAACAAAAAGAGACUGGGGCUGUUUCACCUUUGCUUGAAUCAGCCCCUAAAGAACCAUCAAUACAGCCGGAAGAACCAGCGGUGAAGGUAGAGACACUGGCUGAGGAAGCAAUACCAGUUCACGAAGAAAAGCUCGCAGAUACAGCACUUACAAAGGCAAUAGAAGAGCCGGAAGUUCAUGCUCUGGCGUAUAUGGAAACAAAGCAUUUAACAGAGGAGGCUGUUGCACCAGUUCCUGAACUGGAGCCUAAAGAAAUAACAAAGGAAACCGAAAGAGAGGUUCCAAGUAUAGAAAAAACUGCCGAUGAAAAGGAACAAUUGCUACCAGCACCCACGGUAGUUCCAGAAGUGCCCAAGGAUGAGGCCAUGGCUAUAACUGUGCCAACCGAGCCAGUUGCGGGGGAAGAAAAGGCGCCGGCUACACCAGCCCGGCAGGAGCCUGUAGCCUCUGUAACUCGGGAAAUCGCGUCAGCAGAGCCAGGCAAGGAAUUACCAGCUUCCAACCUAGAAGAAGUGGCACCUCCCAAGAUUAAAGAAACUGAACUUUCAGAAGGGCCUGCUCAAGAAAUGCUUCAGCUGAACGUGGUGAUCGAAAUAAGUCCGGCUUCAUUGCCGGAGUCUGAAAAGAAAGAUGAGGAUGAAAAGCCAACUGCCGCCACAGCAUCCGAGAUUGAAGAGCACGCAACAAAGGAUGGCGAAAGUGCUGAGACAACGCAAGGAAAAACUGAAGCUCCAGAAACACCUGAAGUUGUUCUCGACGAAGAAAAACGGGUUCGCGAGAUACUGGAGUUUGAAAUGAACCUCUGUAGAGCGCGCAACCUCGGUAGCGCGCUGCCGAAAGCCGAAGAGCUCUUGCAUGUUGGUACGCCGGUUAGUGAGCCUGCGGAGUCUGCUGAGCUGGCGUUGCUUGAGGAAAAGCUUGCUCAGCCCCCAGGAACGACGGCGGUUCCCACGGAAUCUCCGAAAGCUGACACGCUGGCACCAUCUACACUAGAAAGUGGCCAAGCAGACAUAGAACCGGCAGAGCCGAUUCUGGACGCUGCGGAUUUCAACAAAGGACCUAUGUCGGACUGGGAAACGGAGCUGCAGCAACUCAGGGACUCCAGGCUUCAUGGUGCGCCAUACAGGGCAGGCGAGCAAGGAAAAGCGCCACCGGCUGACGCGGCUGUGGGUGCUCGAAAGUUCAUCUUUCCGGAAGGCGAGGGAAAGAAAGUUCCUGAGGAAAAGCAAGUUACCAUUCCACCCGAGGCUGAGGGUGGCAGCCCAGGACCUAACGCGCCCUCUCAGACUGGCUUAACCCAGCGCGAGUCCGUCGUCAUUGUCUACGAGAGCGACACGCUCGGUAUGGUUACGCCUGACUAUGAAAUUCGGCUGAAGAACGAACGAGAGAUCCGUAUUAGACCACCCGAACAGCCUGGUACAUCUGCGCAGCUACAUGAAGGACCACCGAGAUCAUUCUUUCGGCCAGACGCGGAUAUUGAGGGAGGGUACCCCAAGUCCCCAGUUAUCCACCACGUGAGUUUCACGAGAGAAGAGGGUGCUCCUCCGCCACCUGCUGGUGAAAAACCAGAGCCCGUGGAACGCGAACCUGUCGAAGAAAAAGAAGUCAAACCUUCUAUGCUAAGCCUUCCUGAAGGAACGCUGGAUACCGAACAAGUUGCAGAACCUGUGCCGUCAGCAUCAUCCUUCGCUUCGGCAGCAGGUGCCGAGCCCAAUGAAAAAAGGACAUUUCUUGGUGCAAAAGAACCGUCUGCUGACGAAGCGCACCCCAAAGACGACGGGCUUUCGAAGGUACCCACCAGUCCUGCUGAAAAAGAGAGUGAAGUCAUGCCAGAGCAUCGCGGGGUCGAAACGCCAGAAGAGAAAGAGAGUGCUGAGCCAAAACCAGAAGCCGAUGUUUCUUCGCGUGUUUUUCUUCCAACGCACAAGCCCUCGACGGAAGGUGAAUCUGAGCCGACGGCAGAAGGCGAGGCUCCGGUACCUGACAAGGUGAAAGCAGAGGAAUCGCCCCGCACUUUCCUGUCAGCCGAGGAGCCAUUGCCGCCGGAAGCUGGAAGGCAGCCGAAGCAGGAAGACAAAGCUACUGAGGAAGCGCGCGAAGCCAUGAUUUUGCCAGAGAAGCAGCUCGAGGAGAAGGCGGAUAGACCCAAAGGGCAAGACACGCUGCUCGUGCCAAGAGACGAGCUCCACGACGAAACGCGAACGAUAUCGGAAAAAGAAAUUGAGUCCGCACUAGAGGCUGCACGUGCUCUCGAGCCUCCUAUAGCAGAGGUGGCUGGUAAAGACGUAGCCGGAAAGGAAUCCACCGAAGAACAAGCCUUGAAAGAAGACUCUCUGCCGGUUGGUAAGAUGGUGGAGCGGCAACCUGAGAAAGAAAUCGAACCUACCGAGAUAGAUGCUCUCGACCUUCCUAUAGCAGAGGUGGCUGGUAAAGACGUAGCCGGAAAGGCAUCGGAGGAACAACAAGCCUUGAAUGAAGGCACUCGGCCGGUCGGUAUGAUGGUGGAACGGCAACCUGAGAAAGAAAUCGAACCUACGAAGAUAGAUGAAAUGAAGGUAGAUGAAACGAUGAUCAUCGUUCCUAGAGAGGAGCUCGCCACUGAUCCGCGAGCGACACGGCCACGCGAAGUCGAGCCGGUUGUAACCCAGCGUGCGGCGGCCGAGGUCGAAACCGCAAAGGUAGCUGGCGAGGAUGAAGGGAAAGCACCGAGCGACCUCCUCGUCGAGCGCACUGAGCUCAGACAAAUGGCACCGCCAACAGACGAGCGCAAAGCGUCAGUUGUGAGGGCUCCUGUCGUUGAGCAAGUCGUGGUUCCGGUGCACAAGAGACCCUCGGACGCCGAGAAGCCCGAUGCUUCGACCAUCUCCGCCAUCGAGCGGGACCUGGUGUCGGCAGCGGGCACAUCUAUGGAAGAGCCCAAAAGAAGCACCCCCAUGUCCAAGGACGACUUGCACCCUGGCGUCAGCUCUGACUGGGACGUCAUGUCCAGAGAAUCACUGCAGGGGAGGCCCGGCACCAGGACGGCCGACACGCAGACUGAGCUGUCCACUGAUGUCAGGAGCAAGGACGUGCGCGAAGCCUCGACGUACGCAUUCCUUUCUGAAGAGACCGAGGAGGUCAGAAGGGCGCCAGACGACUACCUGCCGCUCUACCUGCACCGGGUGACGCUCAACGACAAGCCUUCGAUAGCGGAAAUGAUGCGCAAGCUGACGCCGGCGAGCGAGGAGUGGGAGGAAGCGGUGCCCAUGAACUGGAAGAUAAACCCUGCCAAGGAUCUCGAGAAGUGGCCGUCACACUGCAUGCAGGAUGUGCGCACGCCCACCAUCGUCCUUCUUGGGGGCAUCAACUUGUCAGCGCUGGGUGAAGUGCUCACAGGCUGCCUGGUGCUGCGCUACAACCUGGAGGAAAACGAGUGGCGUCGUUGCAACAUGAUGCCGCUGCCUCGCUACGGCCACCGCUGCGUAUUCCUCAACAACGAAAUUUACGUAAUCGGAGGCUUCGACAACCGAGACGCGACAUACGGCUUGCGCAUGUCGACCAGCUUCUGCUUUCGCUACCACACCCAGACCGGCGAAUGGAACGUCGUGGCGCCACUGAGACACGCUCGGGGUUACCACAACGUAGCCGUGCUCAACAAUGCCAUUUAUGCUGUCGGCGGAGUCGACGCCAAUGACCUGCUCUUGUCGAGCGUCGAGCGCUACGACCGCGAGGAAGACACGUGGGUGGUGCUGGAGAAGGGCCUGUACUGCGGCCGCAUGGGAAUGGGAGUGGCCGCCUUCCAGGGCUGCCUCUGGGUGGUCGGCGGCAUCGUGCAGAUCGCCGGUCUGCAGACCUGCUCCACGGCAUACGUCGAGAUCUACAACCCCGCGACAGACCAGUGGACGUACGCGGCCAACUACCUGCCCUCGCCGCGCACGUGUGUGUCGCUGCUGAACGUGAACGACACGGAGCUGUACUGCUUCGGCGGCAUAUUCUACAACUGCGUGGGGCCAACGCGCAAGCUGCUCACUAUCGACGACAUCCUCGUCUACUCGGACAGCAAGAAAGUCUGGCGCCAGGUGGCGUGCAUGCCGGCUCCACGGCACAAUGCCCACGUCCUCCAGCACAAGAACCAGGCGUACAUCAUUGGAGGCCAAGACGUGGAAAAGCCCGACCAUCCGUUGAGCAGCGUCAUCAAGGCGCCCGUGCCCACCGAGAAGUUCGUCUGGGGUCCGCUCAAGGACGUGCCGCUGCCCAUCUCGGCCUACGCGGCCGUGGUUCUGCCGCCCAUCGAGGAACCACAGUCGGAACACGCGUGAAGCAUCAGCCUCGCUGUAGCCCCUCGCAAGAUACCCGCAGUCCAAGGCGACCGCGAGCCAGCUCAGGUCCGGCCCAAAGUGGGAUUGGGCCCGCCACACGGAUGCGGAUAGUCGCAUUACCUUCCUU